UUCCGGAUCACUGCUAACGACGUUGAAACCGAUUUACGUUUAUCUCCGCGCCUGAGACUUUUCUCUACUACUGCUGUCGCUGGUCUGUCGUACUCCUUCUUCACUGUCAUCAUGAGCCAGCGUAUGCUUUCCUCCGUCCUUCGCGCACGGCCUAAUGUCGUCCUUCGUCGUGCUGCGACCCCUGCCCUCACAAUACCACAACGUUUUUCAUCAUCAGAUUCGCAUAGCCAAGAAACGUUUGAACAGUUCUCUGAGCGCUACGUCGCUUUCUUCCAAGGCGCACAGGACCUCUUCGAGGUACAACGUGGUCUCAACAACUGCUUUGCACACGACCUCGUCCCUUCACCUGGCGUUGUUGAGGCUGCCCUCCGUGCAGCACGCCGCGUAAAUGAUUAUGCAACUGCCGUCCGUGUUCUCGAGGGCAUCAGGGAAAAGGUUGAGAACAAGCAACAAUACCAGGCUUACUUGGACGAGUUGAAGCCGGUUAGAGAAGAACUUGGUGAGUGCUCAUGUUAUUCGGAUACAUGUAGCUUGUCUACUGACCGUCGUUUUUCUGUCGGCAUUUUAGGAAUUGACACAAAAGAAGACCUUUACGUCUCAUAAGUUCUACCCGAGCAGUACAGGUUCCAUUAGAUGCAGUGCCUCACAUAUUAUCGUCACUUAUAGUUUUCCCUAAUCCACAGCGCGCGGAUUUACACCCUGUUGUGGCCUAUAUUGAGCACUGUUUUACUCGCUGCGAUAUUGACCGUUGAGGCCA